UUCACUUUCAGUUGUUUUAAUUUGGCUGUGUAUCUUGCAUAUCGACAGUUAUAUGUUCUUUGCAUAUGCUCAUUUGGUCUUUGUUUGCUGUAGUUCUUUCGCACAGACACCAUUCACUUAUGCAUAUUGUGUGCAUGAGCAUUACCCCCAAAACUAAUGCCAUUCGUUGAAAGCAGAGAAUUCUCUAGAAUCUCGCUGUAUAGUGUGGAAUUACAAUCCACAAUCCAUUACAAUUGUGUAUCAUAGUAUAAUCCGUUCAUUAGAAGGGAUUUAGAACACUUGUUUAACCAUGGAGUAGUAUAUCUGGUAAUUCGCUUAAAAUACUUGAGAAACUCUUUUCAUCAUCAAAGGGAGUGGAAAAUUCAAAUGAACGUGACAGAUGAUUUCUGUGUAAAGAUAUAUAUAUUACUGCAUAAACCCGUUUGAAUAAAAGCGUAGUGGUCCCUCCCAUCUGGUCAUAAGGCUCUGGACUGCUAUAAAUGGUUAAUCAAAGGUUUGUGCUGCCUUGCAAACAUCACUAUGGAAAAGCAGCAGAGCCAUGAAUUCAGGCGAUCUUGGGAUGCGUGCAGAGAAGUGCCGAUCAUUCAAAACGAGCAGAUACCAAAGAAACGAGUGCACUGUUUGAAAUGGUUCUCAUGUGCCAUUGUUGGCAUACUUGUCUUUGCCCUUGCGCUGCUCAGUAAAACAUCAUUUUUGCUUCUGAUAACAUUUGGGAACAAUAAAACCGAUAUUAUAUGUUCAGAAAAGAAGCCGGCCGCCCUACUUGGCAUUGGAUUUGUUCUGGUUGGGCCGAGUGUUCUUCUUUUGCUAAAAAGCACAUGGAAGUUCAUUUUCAAGAGUGCAGCCAUGCCCUCUAAAAAAACUGUUUUUUGGGUCCUGUGUGUUGAGUUCCUGGUAGCAUUGGGAUCUGCAAUUCUUACAAUAGUAGCCAUGCCACACUUCGACAUUGUCACUAAUGUGAUGAUCCUAAACAGUGUGAGCAUCCUGUCAGCAGUGUUCCAGGUAGUCGCUGAUUGCCUCGCCAAAGAGAAGAAGCGCCUUAUAAUGCUCCCCGUAUGCUCCAUUUUCUUAAUCGUCCUAGGUUAUGUGCUUUUUGCCGUCAAUUAUCUGGUAAUCGAACGUUCCCCUGAGAUGAGAAUACCAAUUGGCCUUGCCAUCGUGGGGACCAUCUUGGUUUCUGUGAACUGGUGGGAAAACUACAGCACGCUCUUCUCCAUCUCAUCUCUACAUGACAUUUCCAAAGACAUUGCUCAGUCCCGUAAUGUGGUGUGCAUCAUCUCCAGUUUGAUGAGAAUCCUGAUUACUUCAGCUGUGUUUGCAGCUUAUGUUGGUCUGUCUCGUCAGAACUGGAAAUCGGUCAUAUACGUCUUCGAAACAGUCAUUGUUUCAUUGGUGGUUCUCCAGAUUUUAUCCUCUGCGGUGUGCCGCUGGUUUAUUGUUGUGGCUUGCAAGAUGCACGCCCUGCAUCGCAGCUUCGCCUUGCCCAUAUACAUGGCCUCGAUUGCAGUUUUGGCAGUUUUUUUGAUUCCACUUGCAUUUAAACUCCCAGAGUCUAAUCAAAAUUCUACUUGUGUAGGGAACGUUCAGUUGAAAUACAAUGGUACAUUGUUGUUGUUGAUGUUGGCGGAUGCUACAAAAACUCUACAUAGCAGGGACAUUGUGGAAAACAUGAGAACAGGAGGACUGGCGUGUUUGAUCUGCUCUGCUCUGAGCUGGUGGUUGGGACUCAUGCUCAGUACAUUUUACAUCUGGUUCCUGAAGAUCCAUCGAAUAGAAAGAACCCAAGAUCUGUUCGUGCGACGCAUGUAUGAAGGAGCGUUUCUGGAACAGUCCAUGUUGCUGAACACCCGUUUUGAAAUCAGAAAGAGAAUCAAGGAGAAACUCACAAAAGAAAAGUGCAGAGUGUUUCUGUGUGCAACGAUGUGGCAUGAGACCUACGAUGAAAUGAUGAAGAUAAUCAUCUCUAUGUUCAGGCUCGACAAAUACAGGCCCAAGACCGACAAACAAAGCGAUGUCGAGUUUGAAUUUCAUAUUUAUUUUGAUGACGCUUUCACGGAUGCUGAUAAUGGAAAACAGCGGCAGGCAAAUGAAUACGCUGAAAUUAUUGUGGAUGUAAUUAAAGAAGUUUACACCAUUUUUAGUGAGGAGGAUCCGUGUAUAUUUAAGCAAACGGCACCACUACCAUGUCAGAAGAUUAUAAACACCCCCUAUGGAGGUCGUCUGGAAUACAUCCUUCCUAAAGGCAAUGUGAUGAUGGUUCAUAUGAAAGACAAGAAACUUAUUCGUCACAAAAAAAGGUGGUCUCAGAUAAUGUACUUGUAUUACAUUUUUGGUUGGAGACUUAACAGACAGUACUUCCAAAAGUUUAAGGGAGGAGAAGAACUGGAUGGCCUUAAGGAGAAACUGAAGAGAGAAAAGGAGAACACGUAUAUCUUGGCUCUGGAUGGGGAUACUGAUUUCCAGCCGUCCGCCGUCAUGCUGUUAAUUGACAGACUGAAACUCUACCCGGAGGUUGGGGCUGCCUGUGGCAGGAUUCAUCCAACAGGCACAGGGCCCAUGGUGUGGUAUCAGAAGUUUGAAUAUGCGGUAGGCCACUGGCUGCAAAAGACUGCGGAGCACGUGUUCGGCUGUGUACUGUGCAGCCCUGGAUGUUUCAGUCUUUUCAGAGGAGCCGCACUCAUGGACGACAACGUCAUGAAGAGGUAUACAACUAAAGCAAGUGAAGCCAGCCACUGCGUCCAGUAUGAUCAAGGUGAGGACCGCUGGUUAUGCACUCUGCUUCUGCAGCAGGGGUGGAGGGUUGAGUAUAACGCAGCAUCUGAUGCCUACACCAAUGCGCCUCAGGAUUUUAAAGAGUUCUACAACCAGCGCAGACGCUGGGGACCUUCCACCAUGGCCAACACCAUCGACCUCUUGGGCUCAGGAGGACUGACCUCUCAGAGGAACAGCUCUAUCUCAAAACUUUACAUCUUGUACCAGAUUGUCAGCAUGGCAGCUUCCAUUUUAGGCCCUGCCACCAUCUGUCUCAUGAUAUCAGGAAGCUUUGUGUUCGUUUGGGAAAUGAGUGAAAAUCUUGCUCUUGCUUUGGCUAUAGUGCCCCCUACUGUCUAUCUCAUCUUAUGCUUCAAACUGACAUCUGACAUGCAGAUUAAAAUUGCAGCAAUUAUGAGUGUGUUCUACGCAUUUCUCAUGGCGGGAUCAGUUCUCUCCAUCAUAGGGGAUUUAGUGAGGCAAAAAACUUUUCUGACCCCCAGUGGUCUGUUCCUCAUUGGCAUGGUGGCGUUGUACAUCAUUACGGCAGCUUUACACCCCCAGGAGUUCUCACUGGUCAUCUAUGGGUUGUUAUACUUCCUCUGCAUUCCCAGCGGGUAUUUACUCUUAGCCAUUUACUCUAUAGUCAACAUGAACAAUGUCACGUGGGGAACUCGUGAAACCGGCGGCCAGGCUAAGACUACAGCAGUCGAUACCAUCAAGAAAAAGGUCAUGAAUGCCACAUGUUGCAAAUGUCCAUGUUUGGAAUCUAAAGAAGAUUUGAUCAAGGGGAUACUUGUUGAAGAAGAAGUAUGUGCAGAAACCAUAACAGAAACUGAAAGGCCACAUAUUCCUUUGGAAGCACUAAGGGCAGAGGAGUCCAUCAAAGAUGUUCAUCAAACUUGGAUUGAACAUCUGCAGAUGAAAUCGGAUGACUUUCCCUUGUAUGAAUCUGAACUUACAGAGGAUGAAAUCAAAUUCUGGGAAGAAUUGCAAAAAAAAUAUCUAGAACCUCUUAAAGAGAAUAAAGAACAACAGGAAAAAAUGGUGAAUGAUCUAAGAGAACUUCGAAAUAAGGUUACAUUUGCCUUUUUCUUCUGCAAUGCACUUUGGAUAGUGGCAACCUUCUUCCUUGAGACAAUUGGUGACUCAGUCUCCAUAAAGAUCCCAAAAAUGUAUCCUAAUGGGACUCUAUCCCAAACAGAAGUGUUUUCCAUUGAUCCAAUUGGACUGAUGUUUCUACUGAGCUUCGCAUUAUUGCUGAUAGUGCAAUUUAUUGCAAUGCUAUACCACAGAAUCUACACAUUAAUCCAUUUUGUGGCGUAUGCUGAUACAGAAAUUAAAGCUCGUAGAAAGCAGUCACAUCAGGUUGCACAGAUCCAGGUCUCAAACCCCCAGUAUGAGAUGCUUGAGCCAGAUGCAUCCUUAUGCAUUCAGAACCCCUCUGUUUUGACUUCAGUAUAAGGAUUUGUGUUUACUAGUGUAGAUACUAAUGUAACAUAUUAAGAAAUAUUUAUUUAAGGAGAAUUUAAAGAGUAAAAAAUAUGUCUGAGAAUAAGUGAUUUUUAUUGAGUGUGAUAUGCCAACUAAUAAUCAGAUUAAUCAAAAUCAACCAACGAUACUGGGUUGUUUUUGCUAAAUAUUAUUAUUUCUGCCGCAAUCUUUGGCUAUAUAUGAACAUUACCUUUUAAGACGAUUAUGUUACUUGUUAAAUUAACAAUCCUAAAAAAUAUUUUAAAUGAUUUCCUUGUACAUAUUUACUGUUGAGUGUAUUUAAAUAAAAAAAAAAGAUCUAU